CUACUCUCAACUUGUGGUAAUACAAUUGUAGAAGGUUGUAGUAUUCUAUUGGAAAAAGUAGAAAAAAGAGCGAGUAACUACAAAAGAAGUAGGUCUAAAUGUCAUUUACCUUUAGGAAAUAAAAAGAUAAUGAGCAACAUGUAUUAUAAGCUCUCUUAUUCCUCAUUGCACUAAGAAAGGAAAAGGAAACCAUCUUCCAUGCUUUUGAUGUGAUGAUUUCAAUCAUUCUGCCUCAUAUGAUGCCUGGACACUGAUCCACACCUUAAAAGCUUUUCUCCUUUUUUGCCAACUUACUGGAAGAAUUACGAGUGGAGCGUCUCUCUCUUCAUUUUGUACGGCAAAAUGGCAAUGGGGCGACAUAAGGGGCCCAAUGGAGGCGCCGAGCGAUCACCUUUCCGUUGAUUCUGCACGCACGUCUAUCCGGUCUCCAAUAGCCAUCGAUCCAUUUCCUCGAAUACCGACAGAUCAAGAUGUUCAAUGAUGAUGAACCGCGGAAAGAAGCCCCUAAACAAGAAGGAGAAGAACGGUAGGAGAUCAUCAGUUCGAGAAUAUGGGCAAUUGGUUAAGGUGCUGCAUUUCAUGUAUUCUUCCAUGCGGUGCCCUCGACGUGGUGCGAGUGUUGCAUGUUGAUGGACGUAUUGACGAAUACGGGAGGAGAGUUACAGCCCGAGAAGUGAUGAAAGCUAAUCCAAAACAUGUCCUGGCGCAGCCCAUCUGUGACGCCAUCGUCAAGAAACCUUCCUUGUUGCACCCUGAUACUGAGCUGCAGAAGGGAAAGAUUUAUUUCCUUAUCCCCACAUAUACAUUGCAAAAGGACCCGAAAUCAGAAUCCAAGCCACUCAAAAUCAGAGCAUCGACAAGGACUGCACCGGAAACGAUUACAUCUAGACCGUCACCUCCGCCUCCGCCUCUCAAGUCGGAGAAUGUGGCCCAGCUUGAGAGAGCACCCCACCAGCCCAGUCGGCGGAGAAACGAUUCUCGGCAAGAUGGCAUUGUUUGGAAGCCUAUUUUGCAAAGCAUAUCUGAAUCAGAUGACACUACCUAGAGGAGAAUGUUGUUAUUUUCUUCAAGCUGUAGAAGAGGUAUUCAAUGUUUUUUCUUUUUUCUUUUUCUAUUUAAACUUUUCCUCUUUAUAUAUAUAUAUAUAUAUGUGGAUCUAGAAAUGGGCGGGAUUGGCGUAUGGAGGAUUUGGAUGAUUUCCCUUUAAGAAAGAGAGAAUUGAUACUCUGCGUAGUGUGUUGGUCCCUACACAUCACACAGAUAUCGUAUGAGUUCGCAUAACUGCGCCACCUCGCAUUAAACUGCCUGACUAUGGACCCGCCGUUGAUGGCUUGCGAUUGUUUAGAAGCCCUGGCCUCUUGUUAAUAGGCAUUUUUUU